AUGCAGAGGUAAAGUAUCAAUGUUUAUGAAGAGUUAAAGUAACAGUAAUCAGAUAAUAUCAUUUUUGACAAGAGCAUGAAAAGUUUCGUAUUAAAGGUCGGUCCGACAAAUCUCUACACUUACCACAAUUCUCAAGAUUUAAAUCUGAGGGGUUCCAAUUUGUACAUACAAAUAUACGUGAUUGAAAAAUUGAAAUUCACCCUUGAAUUUACUUCUAAAGACGAAACUUAUAAGAUCAUUGUAGGCCCUAAUUUUCAAUAAGCAUACACAAAAAAUAAAAAUGAGGUGAAAAUAUCAAGUGCAUUCAUAUUGACAAAAAAAUGGAUCAGCUUAGCAUUUGAUAUUGACAGUUUUUUCAAGGUUGGAGAAAUGUAGGUAAAGACGCUCAGUAUUCACACUCUUUGUAGAUUGAAGAAGAUAUACGAAUCUAAUAUUAUGGGCAAAUUAAAUGAUGGUUUAUGUGUUAUUUAGAAGAUUUGCGAAAAAAGAAUCUUGGAACUCUUACCAAUGAGUGUUAGAGCUUAAUCCGAAAACCUAGAAAUUAGAAAAAAUUAAAUAUCUAAUCAAUUACGAAGAAUAUCCAACAUAUCCAACUCUUAAGAAAGAAAUAUUUAAAGUCAAUAGGAAAGGAAAUCUGUAUAGCCCAAAUAAAUUUAUAUGAAUUUUUAAGAGUAAACUAAACUCAGUAAUCCAAACGGAUUAAAAGUUAAGCCAACUUCAUUUGCUUAACAAUAGAGAAAACCUAUUUAAUUAUAAAAUGGCAAAAAUCCAUCUAUAAAUAGAAUCCAAUUGUAAGCAAAGCCAAUUGUGUUUGAGGAUAGAAUCAAAGUUACCAAUGCAACUCAAGAACAAUAAUAAGCAGUUUAAUAGUCCUCACAAUUAAUGCAAUCUCAAUCUAAUAGAUCAAAGAAGUUGCCUUAAAUGGGGGCAAUUCUCACUAAGUAAUAUUCGUAAGAAUGUCUAUUGGAGAAGACAAUCCAAUUGGCAACAGGAUUGUAGGUGAUCGAAGAAGUUGCUUCCACUAAGCCCCCUAUCCAUUCCAAAUCGAAUUCAACUAAACAAAGCACUUAAAUGCAAUUAUAGAAAAAAGCAGUUUAAAGUUUCCUUAGACACAAUCAAGAUCUUUAAAAUGGGAGUAACUAUACUCACGACCCUUUUGAUGAAUUAAAAACAGAGAAUGACUAAAAACAUAAACAAUCCUAAAUGAGCUCUGGAGUUAAGGAUUUGUAUUAUGAGUGUGACAAUUCUGAAUAUUAAACAAAAUAUGGCAAAUUUUCCAAUACCUUUUCACGUCCUUUGGGAUUAUCAUCUUAUAAUCACAGACUAGUGUCUCAACAAUCCACUAAUUAGAACCAAGGAAGCACCAAUGAGUAUUUUUACUUGAGUAGUUAAUAAAUAGAAUAAAAUUAAAGUGUAAAUUAAACAGCAAAUGAAAUUGAAGAACAAAUAGAAGCUCCAGAGCUAAAAAGUAAGAUGACAGACGAAAGCUUCAUUUCUAUAAAUGGUUUAUAAAUUAAGUAGGAAGAUAGUGAAGAGGAACUUGCAGUCUCAAAGUUCGAAUGA